CUAAUUAGGCAGCUUAAAUUGCUUUUGUUUUGUGAUAGAAUGCCUAAUAAGAGUUGUUCUUGUGGCCAUGUUAAUGCAUAUGCAAAUCUGUCAUGAAAGAUUCCAAGCUUGCAGAUGGAGAAUUGUGUUGCUUUACUCCUGCAAAAGCAAAUCUUUUCUUGAGAUAUCCAUCUUCUCCAUAACACAUGAUGAAGUAUAUAUCUCAAUUAAUGAUGAUUUCGGUUUUCUUAUGGAUUUGAUCUCUGUAAUGCCCUCUCCUCCUCCCACGAAAACCGCCCCCAACUGGUUUUCUGUUCCAUAUCAAGAACGAAAGCCAUGCGUUCUCCUGAUCAAAACGAUCUCUUUUCCACACAGAUCAUCAUCAUCAGCAGCAUAUGAAUCUUCGGGAAUUCAAUCGAAUAAAUUAGCUUCGAUUCAGACCAUCUUCUCUGAGAACAAGAGGCUGUUGCCAGUUGCAUGCAAGAAUUUGAAUGACUCAGAAGGUUCAGAGAGAGAUGAAGAAAGAGCUAUGGAAACAGUCCUUAGGCUUUACAGGGCAAUCAGACAGAAGAACAUGGAUGAAGUUUCCGAUUUGAUCGGGGAAGAAUGUCGAUGCAUAAGCAACUUUGUCUACAGAUUUCAGGCUUUCCAUGGAAAGAAGCAAGUACUAGAUUUCUUCUCUUCUCUGAUUAAAUGCUUAGGGAACAACAUUGAGUUUGUGGUGCAGCCCUCACUGCAUGAUGGAAUGGAUGUUAGCAUUUCAUGGAAACUAGAAUGCACAAAGACUCAUGCACCUCUGGGAAAAGGUUUCAGCUUCAUCAUGUGUCAUCUCUAUCAAGGGAAAGUGACAAUAAGGAAGUGGCGAUUUGUGAGUGGUAAAAGUAAGGGUGGACAGCAUGGUCCAUUUCGCCAUAGUUGAAUGCUAAUGCUAGAUACGGGUAAUUCAGGAACGUGGAGAUGUUUAUGGAGCCACUCCUUCAUAUGGAACCACUUAGAUUGGUAAGUAGUUUAUAAGAAUUAAUACCAAACUUAGUUCUCAAUCGGUGAUUUUUCAUAUUUAAUUCUCCAUCAAUAAUUCUGAACGCCAUCUACUAUAUGUAACAAGAAUGAUCACAAAUCUCACUCAAACUCUAAGCAUUAGUUUUAUAUCGUAUGCCU